CGCCCCUCCUCCAUCAGCUGAUGCUUGUAAAUACGUUCGGUUGCCAGGAAGUAAACCAGUGUGCGUGCCAAGAUGGAAAAUGAAGGGACAAAACAUCUUCAAGCUAAAAUAAUCGCGCUUUUGAGGGUAUAGUAAAUCUAUUUUCAAGUUAUAGCUAGAAAACUGGAACGUAUCAGCUUUGGACAUGGAUAUUCAUGGAAGAAGUCAACCAUGGGGGAAGUUAGUAAAAGUGGACACUGAAUCGGAAGUAUUGCUUGUCAACAGGGAAUGCACUGUCGGGCGAAGAAAAGGCUGUGACCUUUCCUUUCCUGCUAGCAAACUGGUCUCAGGGGAUCACUGUAAGAUAGUCCAGGAUGAGAGAUCAGGGUUGGUGUGGCUAGAGGACAUGAGCACCAAUGGUACAGUGAUUAACAUGUCAAAGCUGGUGAAAAAGCAGAUUCAUAUGCUGCAGAAUGGAGAUGUCAUCUACUUUGUGUACAGGAAAAACCAGCCAGAACUAAAUAUUGCCUACAUAUAUCAGUCCAUAAAACCAGAGAGGACAUUCUCACAAGACUCAAUUGGCGACGCCACCAAAUGCUCAGAUAUGCAGCAGAAAGCCCAACGCUGCCCUGUUCCAGCAGCAGUGUCUGUGGAGCCAUUCCUGGUUGGACCUCCAUGGGAACAGCAGGCCCUAGAGGAGCCCCAGCCCUCCACCUCCUCCUCCCACCUCCUCCACACGUUCUUACCCUCCACAGCAUGUUCCUCUGCAGCCUCCCUCCUGCACUCCUCUGCCUCAGGUUCCAAGGGUCCUAAAUGUGCUGCAUCCUCUGUAGGCAAGGCUGAAGAGCCCAACUCUAACUUCCACUGCUCAACAGACGUGCGACAGACUGAAGCCCAGAGCAGAGUCUCAAUGCUGGAUAAGGAAGAGGGGGACAUGGAGCCAGAGAGAAAGAGGAGGAAAACUGAUGGUGCUGAUAAGAACUAUGAUUUUGGACUGCCACAUACUUCCAGUAUUGAGGUGGUGGGCCCGGGCCCAGCUAAGGGAACUCUUAUCGUGGAUCUAUUGGGAAAAGCUGCCGUGACUGUGGAAGGAGCCACGACUGACAAAAUGGAGGAGUCCCUCACCUGUAUCAUCUGUCAGGACCUACUUCAUGACUGUGUCAGCCUGCAGCCCUGUAUGCACACCUUCUGUGCUGCGUGUUACUCUGGCUGGAUGGAGCGCUCGUCUCUCUGCCCCACCUGUCGCUGCCCCGUAGAGAGGAUCCGCAAGAACCACAUCCUCAACAACCUGGUGGAGGCCUACCUUAUCCAAAACCCAGAGAAGUGUCGCAGUGAGGAGGACCUGAAGAGCAUGGACAGCCACAACAAGAUAACUCGGGACAUGCUGCAGCCAAAGAUUGAGCGUACCUUCUCUGAUGAAGAGGGCAGCUCUGAUUAUCUCUUUGAGCUCUCUGACAAUGACAGUGACACCUCCGAUAUCAGCCAGCCCUUUGUGAUGUGCAGACAGUGUCCAGGCUACAGGAAGGAGGUUAGCCAGGUACUGUGGGCUAUAGGGCCAGCUCCUCUAGGACCAGCUCCACCAACUCCUGAGGACAGGGCUGGGAAACCCCUUGGAGAGAGGCCAUCAACAUCAUCAACACGCUCUGACUUCCCCACUACAGCUACUCGGGAGUACACGUGUUCUCCUCAGGGCAGCCAUGUCAUCUGCACAUGCUGCCUGCAGCCCAUGCCAGACCGCCGCGCCGAACUCUCCGCUCAGCAAUGUGUGGCGUGCCAACGGCCCUUCUGCCACAUGUACUGGGGCUGCCAGAGGAUCGGCUGUCAAGGCUGCCUAGCACGUUUCAAUGAACUCAACCUUACAGACAAAUGUCUGGACGGUGUUCUGAACAGCAAUAACUAUGAGUCAGAGAUCCUCCAGAAUUACUUGGCAGCCAGAGGGAUGUCGUGGAGGGACAUGCUACAGGAGGGUCUUCGGGGCCUGCAACAGGGAACCUUCUAUCUCUCUGAUUAUCGCAUCAACAGUAACGCCAUAAUGUGUUUCUGCUGUGGCCUGCGUGCCUUCAAGGAGCUGGCCUACAAAUACAGACAGAACAUCCCUGUCUCGGAGCUCCCAGCUGCUGUGACGUCUCGGCCUGACUGUUAUUGGGGUCGCAACUGCCGGACUCAAGUAAAGGCACACCACGCCACGAAAUUCAACCACAUAUGUGAGCAGACGCGUUUCAAGAGCUGAAGAGCCUUGUGGGUGACUUCCUCUCCAAUCACUGGAGCAAAGACUGACUUCCAAGGAUCUCCUGUAUUACUCUCUGUCUCUAUACAAAGUGGUCCUUUUUUUUCCUCCCUCCCUUAUUAAGCAGCUCUUUGCCCUGAGGAAAAUUGUCUCUUAGUAGUAACUUGUAGUUCUCUCACAGACUCUAUAGACUUUCUAUUUGAUUAAAUGCAGAAAUUACAAUCAAACUCUUUUUGAUAAGACUGGCUAGGUAAUGAUUAGCCCAGUCUUAUAGGCAUAGUAAGGGUGAGUGAUAAUACUAUGGACUAAUAUCUUAUGGGGAAUAUGAUCGUCACCCUUCAUUGCAGUAUCAUGACCUUUUGGGUACAUGAUCAUAUGACUAGUUUGAGGGAUACAAUUUUUAAAAAAUACACUGAGAACAGUUGGCAAUACGUGUACUGUUACACACAGGAUGAAGUGGCAUCUUUUGUGACGGUAGCUUUGAAGGCAUAUAUUGAUAUUAGUAAGCUGUUGACACUUUCUAUUUCCGUGUGCCUGAGUAGUUGGCACCAAAAAAAGGAUGAAUUGAUUUAGUUUCUCUCAACUUGUGGUGUAGUGCUUUAGAUAUCUUGGAGAAUUCUGUAUUUUAAUUAGAAUCUAGAGCUUCCUACUUUUGUGAAAAUACAGCAGCAAAUGGUGUUCUAAAUAGUAUUCAUAUGUUGGAACCUUCCCCCAAACCUACUAGGGAGAAUCACAGCUAUGUUGUCUAAAGACUUCUAUGCAUAUAUAGACAUUGAGGCUUCUUGUGGUUUUUAUAUCUCACACACACACACACAAGAGAAAGUAUGUGAACCCUUGUAAAUACCUGGAUUUCUGCAUAAAUUGGUCUGAUCUUUAUCUAGGUCACAACAAUAGACAAACGCAGUCUGCUUAAACUAACACACAAGCAAUUAUACAUUGUCUUUAUUGAACACACCGUGUAAACAUUCACAGUGCAGGGUGGGAAAAGUAUUCCAACCCUUGGAUUAAUAACUGGUUGACCCUCCUUUGGCAGCAAUAACCUCAACCUAACGUUUUCUGUAGUUGCGGAUCAGACCUGCACAACGGUCAGGAGGAAUAUUGGACCAUUCCUCUUUGCAAAACUGUUUCAGUUCAGCAAUAUUCUUGGGAUGUCUGGUGUGAACUGCUCUCUUGAGGUCAUGCCACAGCAUCUCAAUCGGGUUGAGGUCAGGACUCUGACUGGGCCACUCCAGAAGGUGUAUUUUCUUCUUUUGAAGCCAUUGUUGUUAAUUUACUUCUGUGUUUUGGGUCGUUGUCCUGUUGCAUCACCCAAUAGCCUAAUAUUCUCCAGCAAAAUGUCUUGAUGAACUUGGGAAUGAAUUUUUUCGCCAAUGAUAGCAAGCUGUCCAGGCCUUGAGGCAGCAAAGCAACCCCAAACCAUGAUGCUCCCUCCACCCUACUUUACAGUGGGUAUGAGGUUUUGAUGUUGGUGUGCUGUGCCUUUCUCCUCACAUAGUGUUGUGUUCCAAACAACUCCACUUCAGUUUCAUCUGUCCACAGAAUAUUUUGCCAGUAGCGCUGUGGAACAUCCAAGUGCACUUUGGCAAACUUCAGACGUGCAGCAAUGUUUUUUUUGUUUUGUUUGGACAGCAGUGGCUUCUUCCGUGGUGUCCUCCCAUGAACACUAUUCUUGUUUAGUGUUUUACAUAUCGUAGACUCGUCAACAGAAGUUAGCAUGUUCCAGAGAUUUCUGUAAGUCUUUAGCUGACACUAGGAUUCUUCUUAACCUCAUUGCAAGAGCACAGCGCAGAAUGCUCAAUCAUCUUUGCAGGAUGGCCACUCCUAGGGAGAGUAGCAACAGUGCUGAACUUUCUCCAUUUUAUAGAUAAUUUGUCUUACUAUGGACUGAUGAACAUCAAGGCUUUUAGAGAUACAUUUGUAACCCUUUCCAGCUUUAUGCAAGUCAACCAUUCUUAAUCUUAGGUCUUCUGAGAUGUCUUUUGUUCGAGGCAUGGUUCACAUCAGGCAAUUCUUCUUGUGAAUAACAAACUCAAAUUGUGAGUGUUUUAAUAGGGCAAGGCAGCGCCAACCAACAUCUCCAAUCUCGUGUCAUUGAUUGGACUCCAAGGUUAGCGGACUCCAAUUAGAUUUUGGAGAAGUCAUUAGCCUUGGGAUUCACAUACUUUUUCCAGCCUACACUGUAAAUGUUUAAAUGAUGUAUUCAAUAUAGACAAGAAAAAUACAAUUUGUGUGUUAUUAGUUUAAGCACACUGUUUGUCUAUUGAGACUUAGAUGAAGAUCAGAUCCAAUUUGAUGACCAAUUUAUGCAGAAAUCCAGGUUAUUCCAAAGGGUUCACAUACUUUUUCUUGCCACUGAAUGGAUGACAAAGAUAUUCAGUGGCACCAUUUUGAAUUCAGACAGCUCCCACAUGUUAAUAAGACUGUUAACUGGAAAGACAAUGCAAUUUGUGUUUAUUGGAAAAAGGGAGGUUAUACUUAGUUUUGAGAAGGGGAUUUCUGCUGGGUUUCUUUGGAUUUCCCAACAAGGGCAAAAAGCCAUGUACAAGCUAAGCAUAAUAGGGCUGAGUGAAAAUCCAUGGGAUAGUUAGUUGUAUAGGAUUUCAGUUCUUCAGGCGGGGAUAAUGAGGGUUAUGUGUUGAAAUGUUGUUUUAUCUGAGGCUGGGAAAGGCAGGGGUGUUCAGUUAUAUGCUUUGCUGGGGAUAAACAACGUAAAGCAGAUUUUCUUAUUUAAACUAUUUUUUUUAAAGUAGUGUAUUAGAAGCUUUCUCAGCUCUGAACUAGUACUAACGGCCAAUGCAGUUUUUUUUGUUAGAAUGCACAAUGGUUUGCUAGACUAGAGGGUUUGGGGGGGUUAUAAUUGUUCCUCCUUUUUUGCAUUAUGUUAGGUUAGUGGUGUUGGCUAAACAUGUUGAUUUAAGCCAACAACUUGCUCAUACUGGGUGUAUCAUACUUGUUAGUAAGGAAUACUAUUCUGUAUUGUUUUGCAAGCCCAAUUUUGCAGAACCCCCCCCCCCCCCCCCAACGUUUUCAGGAAUUAAUAUGUUAAACUUGACAGUAUUCUGCUUUGUAUUCUAGUUCAUACGAUGAGGACAUGUUUUUCAACAUAUGUUGCCGUAUUGAAGUGUAACCUUGGAGCAUUAUGUAUUUGUUUAUCAGAGUUUUUUUUUUUUUUUUUUUUUUGUGCUGUGUUUAUUGUUUUGGAGAAACGGAGGAACAAAUGCCAUGGUUUGGUCAGACCUCGUCAGUUAAACCUAAAUUGGUGCAAAUUUCCUGUUUUGAGGAAAUACUACAUUGCCGUUUGUUGUGGCAUUCUUGUCUGGCAGUGAAAACACUCUCACCAAGUUAGAAUUGAAAGUGUUGUAUUUACACAGUACUCACUUGUCUCUUACCAUUAUCUUUUGUAAAUGAGUGACCAAUCAUAUGAAAGUCAAAUCGGCCCAGUGUCUGCAGACCUUUUAGGCUAGCAAGAAUGGCCUGAUAUACUAUUUACUUAAUGUGCCCUUUAUAUAUUGAAAAAUAAGUUGUUAGUAGUGAAGUAGGGUACAGCAUUUUGGGGGGAGGGUUGGGGGUAUGCAACUCAUUACGUUCUGAUGCAAUUUAAAGUGAAAAAAUUUACUUUGCAUGAAAUGAAGAGGUUAUUCACUUUGA